AGCAGUAGAUGCAACACGUAGACGGGAGUUAUGCACCUCCAUCUGGCGGUGCUUUUCUCCCAAUGACCGGCGUCCUUGGAGAGAGUCCUCAGUCCUCCCGUUAACUGGUCCUCUUCUAGCAAAAAUUUGGCCUCCCAAAUUGAAAUAUAAAGGAAAAAAGAAUGAAAGCACGCGCUGGAUGAAAAUGGAGAGCACAUCAAACCCUAGCUGUUGCUGCACUUUUUCUUUCCUAUAUUUUUAAACUUAUCAAUUUGAUACCAUCAAUUCAUUUUUAUCUGGAAUUUUCUUUGUUUUUCUUGAUUUACGCCAGCGAAAAAUUGUAUGUUGGUGGCUGCAAUCCGAUUCGCCGAUUCGACUUUGGUUUAAAGAUGAUGCACAGAGGUAUUAUACUGUGCGUGCUGGAUUGACUGCAGGAUUUAAAAUCACGAGGAAGUCGACCUUUAGAAAUUUCAAUUUUAUGAAUUGAGAGCCAUGAUAUGUGGCAACAGGAAAAUCCCGGAUAUACCAAGGUAAAUUGCGGGGAUUUUGGUAUCUAGGUUGUACAACUUCGAACCACUUGAUCUUACUGCAAGGCAGAACUUCCGAAUCCAUUCAUCUGGCUGGUAUUCGGCAGGUUUAGUUCGACUUCAUAUGAUUUCCCUUUUGCUUAAGUCGGCAAGGAUUGAUAGUUGGCAUAAGCGCAAGCCCGAUUAGGGGGAAGAUUGGUAUUCAUAAAAAAACUCAAGAUUUCUUAUUGUUAAGGAAAGCAGCCUUGAUGGGUGAAGAGGGAUUUAGUGGGGGGAAAUUUCAGCAGCAGCUUGGUCACUCUGCAUGUUCAGGUUUAGCCAUAGUUUUAUCCAACGAGAAUGAUAAGGACAACGAAAGGCGUGAACUUGAAAGAACUCUAGGCCAUAUAUUUGAGGUGCCGGGGAAUUCCUUGCUCACAAUGGGAGGUAAUGUCUUUGAUGUUAAUUCAACACGGUCAAUUUUGAAAGCCAAGUUGAAGCAAUUAUACAGGUCAACAACAAGCGCAGAUUUCAACCCAUGGGAUGGUGUCUCUAUUUUGGAUAAUGGUUUUGGUAAGAACAUUGUUGCAAUGGACGAUAAAAGUGCUUCUGGCGAUAUAAGAUUUUUAAAUCGUUUUUUGCUUAUUGAAAGCCAGGCAAUGUUCAGCAGUGCUCGUGCUAAUGCAUGCGUGUUGAAAGGAAAGUGGAUGUAUGAAGUGACUUUAGAGACUGCUGGAAUUCAGCAACUUGGCUGGGCAACUCUUACAUGUCCGUUCACUCAUCGUGAAGGUGUUGGAGAUGAUGAGGAUUCGUAUGCUUAUGAUGGUAGACGAAUCAGAAAGUGGAACAAAGACUAUGAGACAUACGGGCAUUUGUGGGUUGUGGGUGAUGUUAUAGGAUGCUGUAUAAAUCUGGAUGCAAGUGAAAUUUCAUUUUACAGAAAUGGUGUCCCACUUGGCGUUGCUUUUGAUGGACUAAGGAAGUUGGACCCGGGGUUUGGAUAUUUCCCUGCGAUUUCCUUGUCUCAAGGUGAACGGUGUGAUUUAAAUUUUGGUUCAAGGCCUUUCAAAUACCCUAUCGCAGAUUUUCUUCCAAUCCAAGUACCACCCAAGGUGAAGGAUGGAGAGGAUGUGGCAAGUCUCUCAGAAAUUGCUUCCUACCUGCUAAGAUGUUUACUUAGGCUUGUUAAAUUGCGUAGCCACUAUCCAAGCACUUCCACUUUAGUGGAAAAGCUGAGAAGAUUGAAGAGAUUUACUCUACAGGAAGAACUAUUGAUUCCCAUUGGAAAAGAAAUUUGCCAACAUUUUUUCUGUUUGUUGGAUGGUGAUCCGGGAGUUAAAGAGCAUCUGGUUUGGGGUGCUUUGGUUCCAUUUAUGAUGGAAACCUUUGGAACACAAGCACCACAUGAUGGGGCAAGUUUGGAUAGGGUCAUGGACCUUUUUUUAUCGUUUCCUGAAUUUAAUGAACUAAUUAUACCAAUUAUGCAGGCACUUGCUCAUAGCUGCAAAACAUCAGCGAUUAUUCUUGUAGACUGUCCAUGUACCGGAUCUUAUCCAUAUUUGGCCCUUGCCUGCCAUCUUCUCAGACGUGAGGAAAUAAUGAUGCAUUGGUGGCAGUCUGCAGAUUUUGAGUCAUCAAUGGAAGGAUUGCUGUCAAGGAAAGGUCCAAAUAAACAGGAUUUGCAGGGUUUGAUGCCAAGUGUUUGGUGGCCUGGGUCUCGUGAAGAUGUUGCUUCAGAGAGGAAUAUGAGACAGACAACUUUGGCAUUAUCAAGGGCUAUAUGUAAGGUUGAAGAGAUGCAAUGGGAAUUGUGCCGACUAUUGAUACACUUCAGUCCGUUAUCCCCAUCACAACCACCAGGUUUAGUGUUCAGGACAUUUUUGCAGACACUUGUUUGGAAGAAUAGAGGAGCAGAUCGUAAUAUGCCUCCACCAGGUCUUUCAAAUAACUCAGUGCUUGUUUCAGUUUAUACAGUACUGCUGCGUUUCUUAUCUGAAGGUUUUGGUAUGGAUGAUGUAUGUGAUUUGAUGAAAGGCUCAAUGGAGAAAUCUGAUAGUGUAGGACUUCUUCACAGGAAAGGAAAAAGAAGAUUUCCUAUUGGUCUAUUUCUAAGAGCAGAUUCACAUUGUAUUGAUUUUUCCAGGUUGGGUGGGACAUUCACCCAUCUUCUUAAAACUAACCCAACUCAAGUUGAAGAUCUAAAAGAAAUUGAGUGGGAUGAAGGUUGCAUGGAGGUUGAGGAGAGCAAAGUAACACAUUCUACUGGACAAAAACCUUCUUGUUGUUCAGGCACUACUACAACAUGCAUGAGCAGUGGGAAAAACCCUGUAAAAUUUAUCAGCAAGUGUUCGAAUAGCCAUGGAAAUGCUAUUCCAGAGAGGGCAGCACAUGUUAGUACAGAAUGUGGUAGAAGGAACUAUAAUAACGAGAUUGUAGAUAAACCUAGUUCAAGUGAGCAUUCAGACUCUGGUCUUACAUAUCAAUCAAUUCAGCAGAACAAACAAGCAGAACUAAGAUUGAUUCAAGUAUUAUCUGGUUCUUUAAGGGAAGAAGAGUUGCUUGAUACCAUGGUUUUGCUCUAUCAUUUGGGUCUGGCUCCAAAUUUUAAGCAGGCAUCACAUUACAUGUCACAUCAGUCACACUCAAUUUCUCUCUUGGAUGAUACUGAUAAGCAGAUCAGAGCAGAGAAAACUUCUGUAGAACAUUUGAAGCGCCUGAAAGAAGCUCGGAAUGUGUAUAGAGAAGAUUUAGUUGAUUGCAUACGACAAUGUACAUGGUACAAAGUUUCUCUUUCGGCAAGGUGGAAACAAAGGGGAAUGUAUGCAACAUGCAUGUGGGUAGUGCAAUUACUUUUGAUACUGAGUAAAACUGAUCAAAUUUUUCUUUAUGUACCGGAGUUCUAUUUAGAAGCACUGGUAGAUUGUUUCCAUGCACUUAGAAGAAGUGAUCCUCCAUUUGUUUCUCCUGGUGCUCUUUUGCAGCAAGGACUCACAUCAUUUGUGACUUUUCUUGUUAUGCAUUUCAAUGAUCCAAGAAUAGCAAAUGCGGAUCUAAGGGAUGUUCUUCUACAGUCUAUAUCUGUGUUGGUACAGUAUAAAGAAUACAUGGUUGCCUUUGAAAGCAAUAAAAUGGCAAUCGAAAGAAUGCCUGGAGCACUACUGUCAGCAUUUGAUAAUAGGUUUUGGAUUCCAGUAACAAACAUUCUUCUACGACUCUUUAAGGGUUCUGGAUUUGGAACUUCAAAACAUGGAGAAUCUUGGUCCAGUCUGUUUCAGGGCUUACUGCAACAAAAGUGCAUCUCAGAUGAAAAGCUGUUCGCAUCUUUCCUUAAUCGUUUGUUUAACACUUUGAGUUGGACUGUUACUGAGUUUUCUGUUUCAAUCAAGGAGAUGCAAGAACAUUACCAGGUUCCAGAUUUGCUGCAAAGAAAAUGCAUGAUCAUUUUUGAGCUUUCUUGUAACUUAGCAAGAGUUCUCGAGUUCUUCACCCAUGAAAUUCCUCAAGCCUUCCUUUGUGGUUAUGAAACAAAUAUGACAAGGUUGACUGAGCUAAUCAUAUUUGUACUAAAUCAUACAACGUCAACUGCAGAUGCCGAAUUUCUUGACAAUGCAUUGAGACAACAAGGUCAGUCUUUAGAAAAAGUAAAUCGGGCAAUGAUUUGGGCACCUCUUGUGGGAAUAGUUCUGAACUUAGCGAAUGUGACUACAGCCCCAUGUCAUGAUUUGCUGCAAGCGUUUGCAAACAUGGAUUCUUCAGCUGUUGUUGAGUCCAAUUUUCAGUACUUAAUGGAAUACAAUUGGGUUGGUGUUUUUAAAGGUGAUCCCUCUCUGGCAAGACUAGUUGAGCUAAAGAGGUUUCUAGAAAACCUCAAGACAAAAUCAGAAACAAAUAGACAAACACCAAAUUCAAACAGAGAAGAUGAAGAUAUAGACUGCUGCAUCUGCUAUGCCAAUGAAGUUGACACACUAUUUGUUCCAUGCAACCACAAGUCAUGUCGUCAGUGUAUUUCACGACAUCUUCUGAAUAAUCAGCGUUGUUUCUUUUGUAAUUCUGCUGUAUCUGAAACUCGUUCCAUGUCAAGCAUUCUUGAAACAGAUGAUAGUCAGUAUGGAGGCUCUGGAGGAACAAAUAUUUUGCUGUCUGAGGGUGUAACUUUGGUUAAACCAGAUACAAUUUAGUCAAACACAAAUCGUUUCACAUAUUUUGGAAUUGGAUAUGUAGUUUUGAAUUGUAUAAUAUAAGUCCCGAGAAGUUAGAUUUUGGUGAAUCUUUAGUCAUUGAGGAUUUUCAAAUAUGGCAUAGUUCCAAUGUUUGACAGUGAAGCUGUCUAAUGUUGAGGUUACUGUAAAUAUAUUUUGUGAAAUGCCAAAUUCACAUUUUGAGGCUACAGUUUCACCACACUUUGGUGCUCUGUACUUAUGAGCUGUAAAUAGGAGGAUACUCUUGGGAGUGAAUUUGUUCAAUACCCUGCUGUUUCCCUUAGCCCAUUACAAGGUCGGUUUUCAACUGCGGGUUAUAAAUAUGCUAGGGUACUAGUAAUUUUCUUUCUUAAAAUUCAACCGAUUUCCCAAGUAUUCCGAUGUAACAGAUUUAUUUCUGUCUAGGUGGCAAUGGUAGUCACAUAAAAACUGGUGUUCAUCACAAACUGCGAUUUCAACUUUAAUGUGAAACUGUGCAAUCAGAUCUAGAUAUGCAAAUGAUUAAAAUGGAAGGAAUAUAACAAAAAAUAUUCUGAUUCA